AACAAGCGAUGUGUGAUGAUGUUUUCAUUCACCUGUCUGUCUCUGUCUCAGGACAUCAACGCUCACGCCUGCGUCACCGGGAAGCCCAUCAGCCAGGGAGGAAUCCACGGCAGGAUCUCCGCCACCGGCCGGGGGGUCUUCCACGGCAUCGAGAACUUCAUCAACGAGGCGGCCUACAUGAGCCAGCUGGGGAUGUGUCCCGGCUUCCAGGACAAGACCUUCGUCAUCCAGGGUUUCGGUAACGUGGGUCUCCACUCAAUGCGUUACCUUCAUCGCUUCGGGGCGAAGUGCGUCGGAGUCGGAGAAAUGGACGGAAGCAUCUGGAACCCCAACGGCAUCGACCCCAAAGAGCUGGAGGACUACAAACUGGCCAACGGCACCAUCGUGGGCUUCCCGAACUCGACGCCGUACGAAGGAAGUAUCCUGGAGGCCGACUGCGACAUCCUGAUCCCCGCCGCCAGCGAGAAACAGCUGACGAAGGGCAACGCACACAAGAUCAAAGCCAAG